AUGGAUUUGUCCCUCACUCAUCAAAAAGAACAGUUCACAAAGUUCUCGGAUACUUUAGAGGAAUUCAAAAUUGAACAAAAUAAUGAACAAAAUACCAUUGACCCAUUUGACAUUAUAAGAGAGUUUCGUUCAACUGCUGGAAAAUUUGCAUUAGAUUCAGCUAACUCCACAGACCAAGGGAAUUCAAUAUCUUCUAAAGAUUGGGAGUUGGAAGCCAGGUUCUGGCAUCUAGUAGAGUUGUUAUUGGUAUUUAGGAAUGCUGAUCUUGAUCUCAAUGCGACUAACCUUCAUCCAUACAAUUCUAGGGCAUUAUUUGAGAAAAAACUGAUGCAAGACAAUCUACAACUUUACCAAAUAUGGAUAGUGAUGGUUUGGUUAAAAGAAAAUGCACAUAUGGAGGAAAGACCUCAAGAUAUACCAACAUCCAAGUGGUCCAAUAGUAUCAUCUCUGGAGGUUUAAAGAGCUGUGAUUUAGAUUAUCCCUUGCGGGAAAGUAGUAAUGUCCUUGAUGUUAAAGACAAAGAAGAAGACCAUAUUUUUUUCAAAUAUAUAUACGAACUCAUUUUAGCUGGUGCAACUGAUGAAGCAUUAGAGGAGGCUAAACUUGCCGACAACAUAACCAUCUGUAUGAUUUUAUGUGGUAUUCAAGAAUAUUUGAAUCCAGUCAUCGAUACGGAGAUUGCAGGCGAGUUUGAUAGGCAACAAGGCAUUAAGAGGCAUUCUUUAUGGAGAAGAACCGUUUACAGUCUUUCACAACAACCUAAUUUGGAUCCAUAUGAAAGGGCAAUAUACAGCUAUUUAAGCGGUGAUAUUCCAAACGAAGAAGUUAUGCAAUAUUCAGAUUGGGAAUCUGACCUUCACUUAUAUUUAAAUCAAAUUUUACAAAUUGAAAUUGAAAACUAUCUCCUAGAGAGCGGCCAAAUCAGUUCUGAUGAGUUAAUCAUAUCGUUACCUUCGCAUGCGUUGACUGUACAAGAAGUACUCAACAAAGUAGCUUCAAGACAUCCGUCGGAAAGUGAACACCCAAUCAGAGUUUUAAUGGCAUCUGUUAUAUUGGAUUCACUACCAUCUGUUAUCCAUUCAUCUGUAGAAAUGCUACUUGAUGUCGUGAAGGGAACAGAAACUAGCAACGAUAUAAUAGACGAGCCUUAUCUUCUAAGAAUAGUAACACAUUUAGCUAUUUUUCUGGAUAUAAUCGAUYCUGGCUCAGUUGAAGUUGUUGACAAAUCCAAACUCAUUACCACAUAUAUCAGUCUUCUAAAACUACAAGGACUUUAUGAAAGUAUUCCAAUAUAUGCCACUUUCCUAACUGAAUCUGACUGUUUGGAAGCGUACUCUUUCAUAUUGUCUUCUCUAGAGGAUUCACAAGUAAGGCAAAAGCAAAUCGAAAUAAUGAACUUCCUAAAACUUCCUGCGUCAAACAUCUUGAGAAGAACUACACAACGUGUUUUUGACGAAACUGAACAAGAAUACUCACCAUCCAAUGAAAUUUCUAUAUCGUUCGAUAUAAACGACAUUGAUAUGCACUUAAUAUAUGGUGUGGAGUGGCUUAUUGAGGGGAAACUGUAUGUAGAUUCUGUCCACUCAAUAAUCGCUCUAUCGAGAAGGUUCUUAUUAAAUGGUCGUGUAAAGGCGCUCGAACAAUUCAUGGAUAGAAACAAUCUUGGGGAGAUAUACAAAAAUUAUGAACUAGAAAAAAUGGCCGAGGAUAUAUCCAAAAACGAAAAUCAAGAUCAAUUGAUGAAGGAAAUUUUACAAUACGAACAUUUAAUCCGAGGCAUAAAAGAAUAUGAAGAAUGGCAAAAAUCCGUGAAUUUAUUAAAUUCAGAAUCAAACAUUCCUAGUUUAAUAGAGAAAUUGCAAGGAUUUUCAAACGAUACAUUCGAGUUGAUUAAGGUAUUUUUAGUGGAUUUGACUUCAUCGGACCUGACCAAUUCGACAGAUCAUGAGAUUUUGUAUGAAAUUAGAGCUCUGUAUACACCAUUUUUAAUAAUGGAAUUGCAUAAAAGACUCGUGGAGGCAGCAGAGCUGUUGAAGAUCCCAAAGUUUAUAUCAGAAGCUUUGGCAUUUACCUCGUUGGUCGCCAAUGAAAACGACAAGAUCUACUUAUUGUUCCAAUCUAGUGGGAAAUUGAAAGACUACUUAGACCUUGUCGCUCGUACGGCAACUCUUUUGGAUUAA